GUUGAGAUCUUGGGUUGUCGUCGCUUCCUUACUGCUAGAUUUUCCCAUUUUUAACUUGUCAGUACACUAACUGUUGAUUCAUUGUCACGGUCGCCAUGUAAUGUCCUCGUUGUGAGGGAGUUGGAUUUAUUAGGAAUUACUAAUUAUUUAUUGCUAUUACUUCUUAUAACUAGGUGUUUACAUUGUCGCUGUUAGACCAAUAAUUACCGACUGCACCUUCUACAAACUGUGCAACCCACUAACAUUAUUGGGGUCAGUACUGCUUGCACAAUGUGCUUAUUUAUGCACUACACCCUGUCAACUACAACUGACAAAACAAAAGAGACCACCACAGAUGAACAAGUAAUUCUGGAGAUAUGGAAAUUGUUUCCAUUGGCCAACACAGAAAAUUUAAAUAUAGUAGAGCAAACUUUACUUGAUAAUACUUUAUUUAAAGAUGUGGCAAGAAAGUUCUCCUUGGUGGGAGGUGAUACAGCCAAGGAAAUUACAAGGAAUAUUUUGUAUUUGAUGCUAACUAAUGACUUCGCUGCAAAUUACAGUUUCGAUGGUGCAAAGGGUAAACUUAAAUUUAAAUCGCUGAAACUGUAUGAAUUAUUAUUAGCAUCAAUACGCAGCAAUUUAAAAACGGAAAAUGCUACUGAAAGCGAUAUUUUACCAGAGUUAAGACAAUGGCUAGCCCAAGCCAAAUUUAGAAAGAGGAAGUAGUGCUUGAAGAGUGUUAUUAUUUUA